AUGCAACCAAGAUCCAGCCACAAAUCGUCCUCCACCUCGAGCACUCCGUCACAGAAAAAGACCCGCCGUCGAGUCGCCACGUUGGCCCAAAGAAGAGCAGCCAAUAUCCGCGAACGUCGACGAAUGUUCAACUUAAACGAAGCUUUCGACAAAUUACGCCGCAAAGUGCCCACAUUCGCCUACGAAAAACGCCUAUCUCGCAUCGAAACACUCCGAUUAGCCAUCACUUACAUCUCGUUCAUGAACGAACUGCUCACUAGCAAUGGACUCAAGCACGAGGCAUCAAACUCCAUUUACCAUCUGCAGAAUCAACGCGAUUACACGCCUUAUUCGCUAAUACCUACUUAA